ACAGCACUACGAGUUGUGUGGGUGUAAAGCUGCUGAUCGCAUGUUACAACGUUUCCACUGGAUCAGAUCAGAUCAGAUCAGAUGAUGUCGGCAGGAAUCGGACAUAACACCACAGUAGGCUGUUACAGUCUAUUAAACUAGGCAGGAACAUAAAGCGUCUGGUUUAUUGCUUGGGAAUUAUAACUUCAUCGACUGUCAGCGUGGCAGCGUAAAACUGAAACUAACAACGAAACACACACACACAAACAACUACAUUCUCGGAAUAGCGCUGAAAUGUCAGGCGUGUGUGUUUGGAGGGGGAAUUUAGUUUCUACUGCUUCUUCUUCUCGGCUCCUGUUCUUUUGACUCUGCCAUGGAAACCAUCCAGACCAACCAAGACGACAAGAAGUUGAACGAGUGUUUUGAGAGGACCGUUUCAGCUCUAACCGUGGACGAUGUGUACAACAUUGCCAAGCUGAUCGGCUCCGACGUGGAGAAGCUCAUCGACAACUAUGGCAGAACGAGUGUUGAGAGUUUGGUGCCGAAAAUAGUGAAAGUGCUGGAGCUCUUGGAGAGUUUCACAGCCAGCUACCACACACAGAAAUCUAAAGAGGAGAGUCUACUCAGGGCGUUUGAAACACUACAGGUUCAACAGCACGAGUGCAACAAGACGGACGUUCGCCAGGAAUGGCAGCAGAAGGAACAGAAAUUGAGGCUGGAGAUGGAGGCAUUGCAGAAGGAGGUGCUGCACCUACAGGAGGAGAACCAAGAACUGCUGGGUCGCCUGCAGAGCUCCCUCUCUAAAGAAGACCGUACACAGCGUCAGGAGAGAGAGGUGAUGCUCAAACUUAAAGAGGUGGUGGAUAAACAGCGUGACGAGCUCCGAGCCAAAGUGCAGGAGAUAUCCAAGAUGUCUAAAGAGGUGGAAGCGCUUCAGGAGCAGUUGGAUCGCUUUAUGAAGAUGAACGGAGAGCUGCGGAGUAAACAGAACAUGAUGCAAGUUCAGCUGAAGAGUGCUGCAGAAAGGAGGGUAGACCUCGAGGUUGACCUGAGUGAGAAAGACAAAGAGAUAGAGCGACUUGUCGCAAAGCUGGAGCAGGCCAAGGCAGACACUGCUCCUAACACGAACAGUCCAGCUGUUGACAUGACAUAUAAGGUGACGGUUGACCCGAAUAAGCCGUGCUUCACCAAGCAGGAAGUGCGAGACAUUUUGUUUGAGAGGAAUGAGCUAAAGGCCAAUCUCUUCCUGGUGCAAGAAGAGCUCGCCUUCUACCAGCGGGAGAUCCUGAAUGAUGAGAGAUAUCCCGGCUUCUUACUGGGAGCAGUGCGUGGCGCUAUAAAGAAACAGAGGACCAUCAUUAAGGCCAAAAUGCUGGGUAUACCAGAGGAUGACUGCAGCAGUGAUGAAGAGAAAGGACCUUUGUUUGAGAAGAGAAAGGAUGAAGACUGCCCUGACAGCAAACCUCCAGAAUCACGGAUCAGAACCCUCUUUGGCUACCUGAGCCGCUCAGGCAGUGAUAGGAGUGGACAUCAGAUCAACAGUUCUGCGUGGGAAAUCAUCAACACAGAGGAGCACCUACCGGAAGUGGAGAAUGGGCCUGGAGGCUCUCCCUGAGAACUUUCAUAUUUUUCUCCAUUCACCGCACCAGGGAAGAGUGUGGACCAAACCAAACUAAAUAAAAACAUAUGUACAGAGAUGUAUAGCUCAGCAAUGAAAUCAAAUUAGUAAGGGUUUUUUAUGCUGUUUUGUGCCAGAAGGCUGUAAUUUUGAACCACAGGACUGGUGGGCUGAUAGGGUUAGACCCCAAAAUCUUAACUGUUCAGGGACAAUGUACAGAUGUGCUGACUGAGAUUCCUGUCAAAGAUGCGAUUUCUGUAGAAAAACAAAACAAAAAGCUCAAACACAGAAGUAACAUGAAAUUAAAAAGACAUCAUGGAGAACUUUUGGUUGUAUGAGAGUAGUUUGGUAACAAAAUGGAGAAAAGAAGAGAGGAUAGAUAAUACCAUAAUCAGUAAUUAUAACUAUCUUUGUCACCGUAAUGGUGUUUAUUAAUUAAAUAUUAAAAAGAAAGCACUGGAAAUGAGCACAAACAUUUUAUUUUGUAUACUAAAAAUCUGUAUUUGUAACAGAUAGUGUACUUUUAGUUUGGUGUUAAUAUGAUAUACACUGUAAAUGUAUAUGAGGAAACAGCAGCAGUAUGUUAUACAAAAGUUUAAUUUUUUAGUAUUUUUUUUGUAAAGAUUGUAUUUUAGUAUGAUCUUUAAAGCCAAAGAUGCCAGCUUAUAUUAGAACAAUCAGCAAAGAUAAUCACGCUGGUGCUCUUUUCUGCCAGCAGGGGGCAUUACAAAGUUUGAUAUUUUUUGGUGUUAAUUUUCGGUUAAUUCAUAGGACAUUUGGUUUGUGCUUUUGAAUUGACUCAACUUGACGAUGAUAUUGUUUUAAUGUUGUUGUUUUUUUCCCCCAAUAAUCUGAAAUAGUAAAUCACUAAUUUGUACAGACGUAUGUAAUGCUUUUCACCAUUUGUGUUCAGACACAACAUCUUUCUUUAAACAAAUUGUAUUCUUUUAGUUUAUGAGACUCUAUUGAAGUGGUCUGUGUAUUUAAAUGCAAUAGAACCCGGAUAAAGUAUAAACGUAUAUAAAGGAUGGCUUUCAUCCUUAAAAUUUUGCAUGAGAAUCAGUUUGCCAGCUUAUGUUUAGAUGUAUUAAUAACUGGUAAGGUGAAGAACCUGCUGGACAUGAGCUAGAUUAAAACUCUAACCCUAAACAUUUGUUGGAAGGUCAAAGAUUUUCAGAAAUGUGAGUUUUUGUGUGAUGUCAUUUUAAGGAAGCCUCCGUUUCCUUUAGAGAAGAUCAGACAGAAUAGUCUGGUGUUCAGAAAGACACCAAGACUACCUCUGUCCUGUUUAUACCCAUUUAAACAUACUGCACUUAUUAUUUGCUCAGAGUGAACGUUGCUAUUUUUGUAUGGAUGUGUACAAUACUUGCCUUUGCAAUAUAAAUCUGAAUAAAUUUUUAGUAAAUAAAGUAAAUAAAGUGUUUGUAGGUUUUCAGAA